GGAGUGUAGGAGCAAGAUGGCGGCGCGCUGGGGAGCAGGCGAAGAGACUUUAACUGCGUGCAAUAUGACAUUUUUCCCAAUGGAUACACUAGACGAGACUGAUGUACUGAGCUCUGCCGAAACUCUGGAGGCCCUUCAAAGCUACUUAGACCCCUCCAUUUUUUCUAUCUUUGAGGACACACCAACAGCAGAGACUAAAGGUCUAGACGAGGAGAGCGAAGCCACGCUGCUGACUGCCCUGACGGAGAUCCUUGACAAUGUGGAUGAUGAGAACUUGUCCCCGUUUGACACACUACCUGACUCAGACCUGCUGUCCGGUCAGAAGGGCAGGGAACAUUCUCCGCUCAGGAGAUUGCUGUGUCUGUCCCGUUCCCCCCCAGAGAAGGACACACUAUGUAACACCAGAGCCAUAUCAACUGGAAAGACCCUCCCCAGGAUACUCGCAGACUCUCACCAGAGAAGUGAUGGGGAGGAGGAGGAAGAUGGCUCCCUCACUCUGAGCCCAGCGAGUCUUGAUUCGUCUCCUGACGGUGACAAGCUCCACUGGGAUGGUCUGACCCUCCCGCUUCCCGUCACCUUCAAGCAGGAGGUCGAAGGCGGUGUUUCAGUUAGCCUGGGGGACUUCAUCAGGCACAUGCACCCGUACUGUAUGGCCAUUUGUAUGGAGGAUGACGAGGGGGAACAGAUGUUGCCCGAAGGAGGAAUCUUACUUGAAGUUGUGGACCAGGGUGAAAAUGGAGAACCCAUCCUGGCCAUCCCAGACAUGGAUCUUUCGCUCUCUCCUCCACUUAAAGAGCAGUCUUCUGAAAAUAUGCGGAUCGUUUCAGAUGAAGCAGAAGAAGUGGCCUCUGACAGCUCGGAGCAUAUCGUCGUUGACGAUGAAGAUGAGGCUCCAGUGCAAGUUGCAGCCCCUUUGACUCACUACAUUUGUUCAGACGUGAAAGGCAACCUGGUCAUUAAGAAACAAAAGGAAGAGAUAAAAGGGAGAAGCCCCUCCCACAGGAAAAAGAAAAAGAAAUGCAAGGAACGGUGCCAACCCAAACCUGUGGAGGGAAGGGUCCUUAGGAGUAGCACCGUAAGAAAGACGGGACAGCAAUCUCCCAAAAAGCUUGAAAAACGACCUCUCAAAGAAGAGAAGAAACACAAAGUCCCAAAGGUUCCUCUUGCCUCAACUCCAGCUUCUUCCUCUGUAAAACCUAAGAAACCAAAUCUAUGCCAAACUGAAACAAAAAUCACCACUACAACACUAUUGCCCGUGAUGAAGGUGCAAGUUGCAACACCUGUGUCAACCAGACAGGAAAUAGUGCCGUUAAAUACUAGCCUUGAGAAGAGUCGGCCUAGCUGUUCCCCCACACCCGUGAUCUCCCAACUACCCGAUGAAGCGCCUGAACAGUGUUCCCUGGCCCCUGAGAAGCUGGAAGAUUCAUCAGCAGCUCCCUCUGCUGUCCUGCCCCCGUUGUCUUUGGGGAGCCCUGCAGCUGCUUCUAGUCCGGCUGAACCCCAGCUGACGCCAACCCUCCCUCCUGUGGCCCCUGCAGUCUCGGAUCCAAAGCCCAAAUCACUCAGUCUAGCAGAGUACCGGCAACUCCGGCAGCAGAAAAAGCCGGCUCCGGUGGAAAAACAAGAAAACAGCACUAAGUGGCCCAGCCUCCCAGAGCUCCCCAAAGAGCUUCCCCCUCUUCCCUGCUUGCCUGGCCCCAGCCCCAAGGAUCUCCGACGCCCCAACCCCCAGGCAGAAGUGGAAGAGGUUAGACCUGCCUGGCAGCCACGGGGACCGUAUGCACCACCGACCCCUGAGGCGCUGUUGGUGCCACCGGCCUACAUGGCUGCCUCAUCCAGCAAGGUUACUCCUGUCCCUAAACAACAGCCAAAACCUGAACCUUCGACAACGUCUGUAUCCCAAAAGCCCUCAACCCUGGCCUUUAAUUCGGAGAGCAAUUUACCCUCGCAUCAGCACACCACUGCUCAACCUGUAGUACCUUGUGUGCCUCAAAGCUCUGGGUCUCCAGCUUCUUUAAAAGCUGCCACUGUGUUAUUGUCAUCGGCAAAUGGGAAGUGCUCUCCUGCACCUUCAGGAGAAAAGAGUGGAGUUGAUGAAAGGUCUCAAUCUGCAUCUCUUGAGUCUGUAGAGCUUCCUAAAACCUGUCUUAAAACCACUACAGAUGCGAUCCAAGCUGCGUCUGUGACCAGUGCCCCCCAAAAGACCAUUGUUUUUCAGAAGGUGCCUAAGCUUACCGCUCCUGUGUCGGUUAGUAACCCCAUCACACCUGAGAGCAAGUCCUCCAAACCCCCAGCCAAUAGUACCCAGCUCAGUUCUCCAGUCACCCAUCCCUCAGACUCCCAGAGUGUAAAGGCCAAACCUGUACUUGAAACUAAAGAGAAACCUGCUACAGCAGUGAAACCCCAAAGGGCAAAGAACCCCACCCAGGAGCUGAUCGAGGCCUUCACCAGUGAGAUAGGUAUUGAAGCUGCUGAUAUGACCAGCUUGCUGGAGCAGUUUGAGGAAACCCAAGCCAAAGAGGAGCAAUGUAUGCUGGAGGUCUCUGGUAGAGCAGCAGCUGUAGGAAACUCGAGUGUUGAGCUGGCUCCAGAGAAAACAGUCGUGGAGCGCCUUAGAGCAAAUGACCUCUCGAGUACUGCAGCUUUGACUCCCCCAGCUACUCCUCCCCACCAGAUGUGGAAACCCCUGGCCCCUGUGGCCCUGCUGGGAAAGAGCAAGGCUGCUGAUGCCUCAAAGUCGAGCUCCUCCAAGGUUAUCCAGAUAGAGGCCCGGCCUCUGCCCUCAGUCCGGUCCCGCAGCAAACCCACUCCUGCUGCCGCCACUGUAGCCCCCGAGCUAGCAUGUAUGGACCACGACUACUGCCUCCCACACAAAGGCACUUCCACUGGAGAGCCAGGCCAGCGUUGGAAUGUCAAACAGCCAUCGUUUAUCACUAUUAAACCCAUCGGGCAACCCACUAGAACCACUACACCAACACCCCCAGCUUCCCAGGCACCGUCUGCUCAUCCUCCCAUAAAGCUUGUGGUUACAACCAAAACACCAGUUUUUCCUGUGACGGAGCCCCUCGAUCACAGGCCUGAUGAGAUGGAGAGAAGCUCUGUCCUGGAGACUCCUGAUGCUUCGCCUGCUCAUCAGGACACUGACGCCUCUGUUAAAGGAGGAAGCCCCAGGAGAAGGCCUUUUGGGAGGUCCUACCGUCAACAUGCUGCUUCUUCACGCACGCCCAGUCCCGGAUCUAGUCCCAAAGAGAGGACCGGAGGCCGGUCGAGGAAAAGAAGAUCCCAUCGUUCUCCCAGCCCCAUGUCCAGCAGUUCAGAGUCAGACUCCCAUUCCUCUUCAUCUCGGUCUAGAUCACACUCGCCAUCUAAGAAAAGGUGUCGUCUCCGUCACUCUGAAAGUAGUUCCAGCUCCUCAUCCCGGUCCUCCUCCAGGUCCUCUCCCUCUGUGUCCCGCUCCCCUCCCAGGAGGAGGCGGUACUCGUAUUCCUCCUCUCGGUCUGGCUCCUGGAGUCGCUCCAGGUCGCGGUCUCAAUCCCCUCAAUCCCCUCAGAGACAAGCUCAGUGGAGUAGAAGCAGAAGAUUACACAGCUAUGGUCAAAGUGCGAAGACAAAUUUGGAGGAGGUGAAAAGACUCAAGGAGAAAGCCAUUGAGGAGCGCAGGGUUGUUUACAUUGGUCGAAUUCGGGGAACAAUGACCCAAAACGAACUUAAAGAGCGCUUCUCUUUAUUUGGCGAGAUUGAAGAAUGCACCCUGCACUUUAGAGACCAUGGGGACAACUACGGGUUUGUGACUUAUUACGACACCAAGAAUGCGUUCACAGCCAUUGAGAAUGGAAGCAAGCUGCGCAAGCCUGAUGAGCUGCCAUUUGAUCUCUGUUUUGGUGGAAGGAGACAGUUCUGCAAAAGCAACUAUGCUGAUCUGGAUUUGAGUAGAGAGUACGAACCAUUGCCUGCGAAAGGCAAGUUCCAUGGACUAGACUUCGACACUUUAUUGAAGCAGGCCCAGCAGAAUCAGAAGAGGUAACAGGAGGCCUGCAGCAGGAAGCAGCCGACACUUACCUCAGAGCCAACGGUUGGCUUCUCACCUGCAACACUGUCUUUACAUUUUAGUUGUUGCAUUAGUUUUAUUUUGUUUUAUUUUGUUUCUGCAAGCUAACACCUUCUAUUGAAGUGAAGAUUUGUAAUGAAAGUGGAAAAGAAAAAAAAUGGAACAAGUCAAAUUAAAUAUUUUUUUUUAAGUUUAUUUAAAUGUAUAAUCAAAUCUGAAUUGUAUGGAGAGAAUCAUUUUUAAAAGGGGAAAGGUAAGUGGGAUGGACCUCUCCAAUGACUGGGAGGAGGUUGUGAUGCAUUGAAUGUACUACAAACCUAAAUAAAAAAAUAUGACUAAAUAUUGUUUGUUUUCAUUCCAACUCGAGUGUCUGCAUUGCUUUUGUUAUUGUUUACAUCUUCUUUAUAAAGGGAAGUAUUUGUCAGAGAUAAUGGGCCAUUUGACAUGUCCCAAGAAAACUAUAGGUGUAAUUAACAAAAAAUGUGCCUUUUUUUUUUUUUGCUGCCUUGUUUUCAUGGACCUCUUUAAAAGACUGCAGAAAAAG